AUGAACAACUCACUGAGAGCCAACUGCUCCGAGUUGGUUCGUCAUGUUGCGUGUGAAGACACAAUCUGCCGUUUGGACGAGCACAUCCCCUCAGGAUGGGGGAUCAUUCGGCAUUCUGGAGAUCACACUCAUGCAUGGCCGCGUCGCAACAAGCCUGACAAGUACUCCAUGAAAAGGUUCGCGGAACGGGUGACAAAUAACCCUUCGAUGGGCCCAUUGCAACACAAGCUACAUAAGACUCACCUCAAGUUCCUCACGAUUCCAGGUUGGUCGAGCCCCUGCCGGAACACAGGAUAUCAUAUCGUCAUCUGGGAUUCAUCCGUCGUUGGGAAACCUGCACCGUACUGCUUACUACCGACGCAAGAUACUGGGAGAUGCCGGGGUUAUCCCCGUGAAGAAGAUACCAGGUGCCGCGGACAGUUUCCCUUUGGAGAUGAUUCAUUGGGCAAAGAUAUCCACAUGACAUUCCAAACUCAAUGGAUGGCGGACCAGCUUUUGACGCGCGAAAUCGACGGUGGAGUUUACAGAGGUGGCCUCUUAUCGGAUGUGACUUACAAAUUUUUUGCCAACGGGUAUCUCAUGACAACUUCAAUGUACCACUCAACAUUGCGUAGAUGGAUUCCAAUCCAGCUAACCUGGCUGUACGGGCUAUCCGAAGAGCAUUACUUUGCUCACUUCAAUACUUUGAUGAAGCAAAUUAAAAAGGCUCAACUUCUACCAGAGGAACGCGACACACUUGUUAGGCAAGUUGUAGAUUUUUCUGCUGCCCAGAAAAACGGAUUUAUCAGAGCGUAUAUGAAAGUUUUCGAUUGUACUGAUCGUAAGGAAGCUCUGGGGAAGUUAAAAGGCUGUCAGGAGCACUUCCGACAGCAGGUAACCAGGCUUAAGAAGAAUCAUAAGAUUGUUCCACUGCACCUGCAAGAAGAUUGGGUCCGGCUCACCGAAUGCUUGUUGCAUAAAGAUGUUCCAGGCAAGGAUACUUACGAGCAGAAUGUCCAAACUUUAAGGCGGCUAUUCCCAGCGGCGAAAAGAUGGUUGGACUGGUGGCAAGCUUCCGACAUUGAGGCAAUGCUUUUCCGCUCACGUCGGAAGCAGAUUGACGACGACGGCUUAUGUGAUGACCUCCCUGACACUACAAAUGCCCAAGAAUCCAUGCACCGGGUUUAUUACAUGAUUGCGGAAAGCAACUGUACCAUCCAGAUAGGUUUGGUACAGCUGUAUGCUUUUGUCAAGAGCCUUGAAAGGGAUCAUGAAGACCUGCUUCGUGGAGUAAGUAUUGAGUACGGUUCAACUCGGAAUUAUGAGAAGGUUGCAACCACCCUUGGAUGGACAAAGAAGAACCGCAAUCGUAAGGACAAGCACAACGAUGGCCGUCCUCCUGAUACAACACAAGCCCUUCUGGGUCGCAAAAAAAAAUUGGGCCGACCAGUAGGAUCUGUCAAUAUCAACCGCAACCCAAUCACCACCUUUCAAGGCUUCUAUGCCUCAUCGGAAGCCGGUCGCAGGAACAGAUGUUGGCUUGACUCAAUUGCUGAGUGUCUACAUGCCAUCCAGUCGCCACUGUGGUUUCACGGGACCAACGGUAAAGCAACUCAUAUAUAUACAAAGAUAAUGAAGGUUUUGUCGUCGCGCGCGACUUGCGAGAUGACAGAGAAAGGAAGCAUACGAGCUAUAUUGUCCCAAGGGCAAAACACAAUUCACGCGGCUGCUCAAGCAGCAUCAGUCAGCUUUCCCACCGACCAAUUUGCAUCUGCCGACACUUUCUUUGAAGUGAUCUUUGACUGCACGGACAAAAGACCCUUGGUACCUGCUCCAGCUAGAACACUCUUCCGUUUGGCCCGUAUACAAAAGUUGGUUUGUUCACGUGACUCAACUCAUCGCAUCAACAAGACUAUCCCAACAAACACCAUCAGUAUCCUUCCUCAGCACUUUGAUAGUGAUUUCAAUUACUCACAAACCCCCAAAUUUCUGGCCACUUGGAUGUCUGAAACUGGAAUUCGAGGACAGUCUAACCGUCACUGUCAGCGCUGCACAAAGGACGAUACUGGCCUACCACCAUUUUUUGAAAGGAACCGUCUUGCAUGGGAACAGCCGGACAUGGAUGCUAUGAUGGCUGAGUGUGACUUGCCUUACCAGUUGGAGGUUUAUGGGGUUAAGUACUGGAUGCGCACACGUGGGUAUUGGGACGGUGCUCAUUUCUGGUGUAAGGUCAUACGCACAGUCCAAGGCCUGACUGCUGUGUGGUAUCAUAACGAUAUGUUGAAUGGUGGUAACGCAAGCUUAAUAAGUACUGAUUUACAAGAUAUUGGUGGUCCUUCUCCAAAGACAAGCUGGGCAAUGUAUUCACGGCAACCUACAGCUGACGAAAGUGUUAUCAUUGAGGAGGCUAAGGACUCCAUCAAACAGAUGGAUAAAUCUCUGGUGUUGGAUGGAAACCGCGAAGGUGUCAAGUCACUUCUGGCCUCACUCACUCCAGAAGAAAUAGAGGAUAUGUUUGCCUCCGAUGGAAACACCGAAGAAGAAAAUUGUUCCAAACUGGAAAAAAAAGAGGCAAAACCCAAGAAGAAAGCUCACAAGAAGAAAAGCAAAGCCUACCAGGUCUUGACAGCUGAGGAGCGUGCGCUGGACGACAUCUCAGAUGAAGACAAACAUUGUGAACAAGGCCAGCAAGAAGAUGGGGUGGAAAGUGAAAUCGAAGUAGUGUCGUCCAAACCCAAAGGAAGGAUGAAAUCCACAGCCAAGAUACAAGCCCGCCCACGUCCAGUGGCCGUGGUGCAGACAAAGGAUCCAGUUUCAAAGUCAAAAACAAACGACCCAAAACCAGUAACAAAGAAACUCAAGGGCUGGAAAGGAUAUGAAAUGGUUGCAGAGGGGGCCGUAGAAGAGUCUCAUGAAGGUGAGGAGGAGCCAGUUGAGCAAGCGGAGAGGGGGGUGAGGACGUCAAAGCGUAAAAGAUGA